AUUUCAGCUAAUCACAGUGCGGAAGUCUCUGUCUCCAGCACUGCUCAUAACAGUGAGUCUUAUACUGUGUUCUAAAGAGUGAGCAGUAUGGAAUCUGUGGAUGAAGAUCUGGAGGAAAAGCUGAAGAAGAUCCUGAACGGAGAAGGGUUUGAGGUUCUAGACUUUGACUCCGUGCCUGAACGUGUGCAGGCCGCGACCCUGAGGAAGAACGUCUGCUACAUAGUGAGCGCCGUCAUCUUUAACACCGAGGGUGAGGUGCUGAUGGUCCAGGAGGCGAAGAGGGAGUGUUACGGACGCUGGUAUCUCCCCGCAGGCCGCAUGGAGGCGGGCGAGAGCAUCCGCGAAGCUCUGCGCAGGGAGGUAAGAGAGGAGGCGGGGUUCGAGUGUGAGCCAAUCACAAUGCUGCUGGUGGAGGAACAGGGGCCGCAGUGGAUACGCUUCACCUUCCUCGCCGAGGUCACAGGGGGCAGCCUGAAGACACUGUCCGAGGCCGACUCGGAGUCGCUGCAGGCUCGGUGGUGGAAUCGCGAGGCGCCUCUUCCUCUGCGCAGCCGGGACAUCCUGUGUCUCAUCGACGCCGGACUGAGGUACCGUCAGAAGCCGUGGUUUCCGGUUUCUCACCCGGUGAACUCGCCUUGCUCCGUGGUGUGUCAGAGACUUCUCAUCGUCUUCAUCUGCAAGGAGCGAAUGUGGCUGCUUCUCACCAAACACACAGACGAUCCUGGGACACACACUCGCCUUCCCGUGGCCGUCUCAGAAAAGGGGUAUUCGGUCAAGUGGGCGGGACACAGACUGGUCCAGGAGUGCAUGCCCACGGAGCAUCCCGCGCCGCAACUGAACGUGCACGGGGUUCUCGGAGUGCAGCACGACGGCAGAGUCCUGGGCCAGUCAGACGGGAUCUGUUUCAAUACACUCGUGACUCUUGAGCGUUCAGAGGACCAGGAGGAGCUCAACAGUCCGCCGCUUUUGGACAACGAGAGGUACACGUGGAGAGAAGUCACCAAUCAGAGCACGAGAGAUGAGAUAGUGAGGAGGAUAAAGGACAGAGCACUCGUACCCUUGCACAGUCUUUGACUAAUUAACUACAACAGGUUUAAACUAAUGACCUGAUCAUGGUCGUUACUUUUUCAUGUAUACAGUCUGCCUUCAGAUCAGAGCAAAGUAGCAUUAAGGCUUUUAAAGCCAGUUCAUUUCAUUAGUUCAUUUGUAAUUUGUAUUUUUAUGAUUUAAUUAUUGAGCCAGUACAAAACAUUUCUGAUUUUCAAACAUGAGUACUCCACAACAAAUUUAAAAGUUAAAGAAAAAUAUCUGCAGGACAGAAAACAAAGCAGCGGACACUUUUCAGACCAAAAGUAAAACUUGGUAGCAAAUUUCCUUAUAAAACUGCACACAUUGUACCUGACACUAAAGUGUCCUUACUUUUUUUUAUUUAUUACUGUUUAUUGGAAUGUUUUUUUUUUUUUUAGGCAUCCUUGUUUUACAGAGUUUAUUUGCAUGUGCCGAAGACUUACGCACAGUACAGUAAAACCUUUAAUGUUUGACGGUUUGGUUGUUAGUGCUCCUAAUAAAGAGGUAUAAUGAGAAUCUUCAUCGAUGUCUACUGAUGAAAUGUAUGAGGAAGAAAUAUUUAUUCAUGUUAAUCCUGCACAAACCUUUAAGCACUAUGAUGCAUGGAGAAAAAAACAUGUAUGACGUAUCAGACGU